UUCAGAAACAAAUCCUCAAUAUUCAGAUUUCUAUAAAGAGAUUCUUUUUUUUUUAUUAUUUAUAUAAAAGAGCUCUAAGUUGAGAAAAUAUGGCACAAAAUGGAGAAAAUGUGGGACAAAAUGGAGAAAAUGUGGCACAAAAUGGUGAAUCGAGACAUCAAGAAGUUGGGCACAAGAGCCUUUUGCAGAGUGAUGCCCUAUACCAGUACAUUCUUGAGACUAGCGUUUAUCCAAGAGAGCCAGAGCCCAUGAAGGAGCUCAGAGAAAUCACAGCCAAGCAUCCAUGGAAUAUUAUGACGACAUCUGCUGACGAAGGGCAAUUCUUGAACAUGCUCUUGAAACUCAUCAAUGCAAAGAAUACAAUGGAGAUUGGGGUUUACACAGGCUACUCUCUUUUGGCAACUGCACUUGCUCUUCCUGAUGAUGGAAAAAUACUGGCCAUGGACAUUAACAGAGAGAAUUAUGAAUUGGGACUCCCUGUAAUAGAAAAAGCUGGUGUUGCUCACAAAAUUGACUUCAAAGAAGGCCCUGCUUUGCCCGUUCUUGAUCAAAUGAUAAAAGAAGGAAAGUACCAUGGCACUUUCGAUUUUAUAUUUGUGGAUGCCGACAAAGAUAACUACAUCAACUAUCAUAAGAGGCUCAUUGAACUGGUUAAGGUUGGAGGUGUGAUCGGCUAUGACAACACCCUAUGGAACGGGUCUGUGGUGGCACCACCUGAUGCCCCAUUAAGGAAAUAUGUUAGGUACUAUCGAGAUUUCGUGCUCGAGUUCAACAAAGCCUUGGCAGCUGAUCCAAGGAUUGAGAUCUGCCAAUUGCCCGUGGGUGAUGGGAUUACCUUGUGCCGCCGAAUUAAUGUCAGCUCACUUUAACUACCAUGUUUUCAAAAUUAUCAACUUGUCUUUUUCCAUUUAUGGGAUUUGAAAUUUGUGUUGUGCUUGAUUGUGGAUGGAUUAAAAUAAAUAUAAUUAAAAAAAUGAAAUGUACCCUAAAUAUUUGUUUAUUUCAUCUAAAGUUGCAAUAAUUUUUAUUUGUUAAGAUAUUCAUCUUUAUCUUUUAAGUAUACAUAUCACCAUGUUUCAUCACAAUAGCAUGGUCUAUGUAUGUGAAAUAAAGCCCAAAAAGAGUAACGUUUGUAGGUUACAAGUCCAUAUGCAAUUUUCGUUGAAAUUUUUAUUUUCAUCUUUGUUGGAAAAUUUACCGUUGGAAUUGUCAAAAUCCAACGGAAAUUCUAAU